CAAUCCCCCCUCGCAUCAUUAUUUCCACCAGAAGCACAACGGUCUUCUCUCACGCAGGAUGCCUCCUGAGUCGAAGACCGAGCCGCCGCCAGAUGAUGAGUCCGCACUCGCAUCUGUCGGUCCCAGCAAGGUCGAUGCCUUGUACAGCAAGUGCGCCGAGGCCCCGCAAGGCACUUUCUUCAUACAGCGCGAGCUCGCUAGCAUGCAGAUUGCCGAAUCCACCGGCCAGCUUCUCGCACUCCUACAGGAGCUCACUGACAGACACCUAAUGAAGUCGUUGGAGUUGCACGACGGCCAGCCAUGCUGGGUGUUGAGGACGCGAGAAGAGGCCGAAAAGCUUCGCCAGAUGUCCGCAGAUGAGCGCCUUCUAUAUCAGAUGAUUGAUGAUGCGCAGAACGAUGGCGUGUGGUCAAAGGCACUGCGCGCGAGAGCUGGUCUCACCCCACAGCGAACAAACAAGGUACUCAAAGCGCUCGAAUCGAAGGGACUGGUCAAGGCCAUCACCAACGUCAAAGUCCCCAACAAGAAGAUGUACCUUCUGAAGGAUCUGGAGCCCUCGCCAGAAAUCGCCGGAGGCCCUUGGCAAACCGACGGCGAAUACGAUCUAGCACUUAUUCAUGCCGUGUCGAAUUUGGUUGAGAAGUAUGUGAGGGAGAAGACGUGGAAGCAGGUGCCUGUGGGGAUGAAUAGGCUUCCUCAAGAUAUUGAAGAAAACCCGCGAAUGCAUAGCGUUCCCCGCAAUAUGUCGAUCCAACUCUACCCGUCGGCCAAGUCCAUUCUCCGAUAUAUCACGGAAGGGCAGUUCAUUAAGGAAAAGCGUAUAACCGAGGGCUACAUGGAAGAGCUCCUUGAUAUGAUGACGCUCGAUGGCCGCCUCGAGAAGAUGUCCGCCACAACCUAUCGCACCGCACGAGAUUCUUCGUUCGGCAUGAAUGGAUUUGUAGAGGCGCCCUGUGGAACGUGUCCGGUAUUCGAUCUGUGUGGAAACGAGGGCGAGAUCACAGCGAGUACUUGUGCAUACUUUACGGAGUGGAUAGAUGCCAGAGCAGAAGAUCGGUGACCUACAGAAGGCUACCUACAAUACGCAAAGAAAACCCAUUAGCACCCGUGGCCAAUUUAUCGCCUCUAAUCGAUUACAAGAAAGACAUUUUUCGUCCGCUUAUGCCUACCUGAAAGACUAGGAAUAGAGUUGGAAGGCACAGCACCGAGUCAAGAAUUCACGAACGCAUUGUCAGCCACUCACGCGAUCAUUCUUGUCCCCC